UGAUUUGUGUAGCUCUGACUUGAUUAAAUUUCCUGAAAUUGUAUUUGUUUCAGAUUUUCGGUAUACUCUAGUGAUUUCUCACCCCCUACAAAAGUGCUGCCUUAAUUCUUUUUACCAAUUAUUAUUCUUACUCUUUUUCUUUUUUAUUAAAAUAAUCAAUCAAUCUUCAAAUUAGAAUGUCCACUUCAAACCAGGUUGAUGGAUUGGAUCAAGGAUGUAUAUCCAGACCAGGAAACGAUCAUCUUCCUGAUCAACUUCAAAUGAGUUUAGAUCAAAACUCCAUUUUAGAUUCUCCAGGCAAUACUGCUAAGCAAGAAGAAGGAAUAGCAAAAGAAAAUCCUUUUGAUAUACAUUGGGAUUCUAAAAUAUUUCUUACGUUUCUUACAAUUAUGCUUGGUCUGACACUUUUUUAUGGAAUCUCUGGUAUUAGUGACUGGUGUGCUACAAAUGUUUGUUUCUAUACUACUUUAGUUUAUGGUCUUCUUUGUUACUUUUUUAUGAUUCAAACUUACUUGUGCUGGUCACAAAUGAGUGUUGAUGAGUUUACACCUUCUCCUUCCGAAAUUAAACCUUUGGCAACCUUGGCAUUGGGUUUUGGUCUCAUCACUUAUUAUGCAUGGGCUACUUGUAUCUCUAGUGCAAAAUAUAGACAAACUUAGAAUGGUUAUCUGAUUUAAGUGUCAUUAGCUAGAGGUCCAUCAUAUUUUGCUAUAAUAUUGUUAUUUAAUUAAUAGUAAAUAGUCGUCUUCAAUAUAUACUAAGUUUACAGCGUAACUAAAAAAAAUUGAAUAUUUCUCAUAGUGUGCCUAAUUGGGCUUGACCGUCAUAAUUUUAAAAAUUGUUUUACUGCCAAUUACA